AUUUGUUUUUUUGACAGUAUUGUUGAUAUAUUUCGAAUUUUAGUUUUGUUUGAUGUCCCAUGAUCUAUUAUCUUAAGUAUUUGAAAUUUAGCGAGAUUUAAUUCGUUGCGAAACAGUUUAUAGAUUAAAAACUACUAAUACCGAUUGUAUUUUUGUCAAUUUAGUUUAGUUAUAUAUAAGUACUUCAAAUGGCCUCUGACGAGUCGGACGAUGAACCUCUCUCCGUUUUGGCGGCGGCUAAGAAGACUAAUCCAGAAAGAUUUGAAGAACAAUAUUCUGAAAGCAGUGAUGACGAACCUAAGAAAAAGAAAAAGAAGGAUCCACCUUAUAAAAAAUUAGGUGUUACCAUAAAAAUUAAAAAAAUAAACACCGUUAUUCCACCAGUAGUUAUUGCUAGGCCAUUGGAUGUAUGGCUCUACCUUAAAGAUUUAAAUCCGACAGGCCCUUACAGCUGUCUGUUAUGUUCAGAAUGGUUCAUAAACAGAUCUAAAAUGAUCAUGCAUUACUCUUUGAAUCACAAAAAGGAUUUUUGUGGAAUUUGCAGAUAUUUUGUACCGGACAGAGAGACUUGGUGGAAUCAUGAAAAGUUUCACACUCCAUGGCCGUGUUCUCAAUGUGUUGAGACAUUCCCAACUGAAGUUUUAUUACGCAAGCACCUUAAUACUGUGCAUAAUCUAGUCCAUUGCCGUUUGUGCCACUUCAGAGUCACUGCUGAUGAUCACUACAAUUCACACUUAUUCCAGAAACACAGUGUAACAAAUGUAUCUUCUAAGAAUGAAGAACUUCUCUGGGAGCUUGACCACGAAGGAGCUGAUAAAUUUCUAUGUUUACUUUGUUCUAAAUCUGAUAAUUCAGUGUCGAACUUCUUUGGACAUUAUAUGGGCUACCAUCACUUCACACUCAAAUGUUUGACAACAAUUGUAGCUGGAAAAGACACACCAUUCUUGGUGAAUGGAGCAGAAGUCAGUGACCGUUUUAUCGAUGAACAACUAAAAGGACAUGUGAGGCUUGGUUAUGUUGAUUUGCAGCCAAAGAAUUUUGACAAAAAACCAAUAAUUGAAUCCUUUGCAGAAGAACCCUGUAAUGAAAGUAAAAGUUCCACAGUUGUUUUACCAGAAGUAAAACAAGAGAAUGUUAGUGAUACGGAGGACCAGAAGCCAGAAAGAGACAAUGAAAUGAGUGAAAAGGAUGAACAGAGUCAAAAUGAUGAAAUAAUAGAUUAUAAGGGUGAUGAAGAUUUUGAUAUCACAUUGACAGAAUUGAUAGUAUUAGAAAAAUGUUAUUUUAACUAUAUUAAGCAGACUCUUGUUGAUAUUAAUUCUAACCAAAUGCCACAAACUUCUCAUAUAGAUUAUGAGAAAGCUAAAUCUGAUAUUAUUAUGGAUGUGGAAUGCUCUCUAUGCAAAACAAAACUGGAAACAGCACUGACCCUAACUACACACAUGAAUAAAAUACACAGUAUUAAAACGGUGCCUGUUUUUUCUUGUAGAGUAUGUGCAACAACAUUUGAUACUCAUAAUGAACUGACAAAUCAUAUAACAGAAGAAUUGGCUGAUUUUGAGGAUUUAUGGAUAUGUCAAUUCUGUGAUAAAGAGUUUGAUAACAGAGAGGCAACGAGGCUACAUUUGACAGAACACUGGAAUGCCUUAGAUUAUGAUAAUUGUUUCAGCCCACACUUAGGUUUCAAAUGCAAGUAUUGUCCUACUUUAUUUUGGAAUGAGCCAGACAGAGAAACACAUCAGAUAAGAGUACAUUUUAAUAAAUAUAAAGAACAGUUUUACAAGUGUGAAAGUUGUUCACAAACAUUUGGUGAUAAGGUUUGGUACAUACAUCAUUUUUUAGAAAAACACUUUGAACAGGGAGCUCCGACUAGUUCAUAUUUGCUCAAGUGUUGUUUAUGCUGCAUUGUACUGUCUGGUGUUGAUGAAAUGAGAAGUCACUUUGAAGAGACUCAUCCUGAACUCAGGAAAUUGUAUUGUUCUCUGGAUUCUUGCAUGUACAAGCCUCUUAGUCAUCGAAAGUCAUUCAAAUUACAUGUUAAGAUGAUCCACGGCCCCUCAGGCAGAUCAGAUAAGCCAGUCACUUGCAACGUGUGUCAAAGAGAAUUUGCUAGCGCACGUGCCUGCGGUACACAUAUGGCUCAAGUACACGGUCCUGGUAAAUUCAAAUGUAAACUGUGCAGGGAAGUGCUUCAGACUUUAGAUGAAAGGAAACUCCAUUAUCUCCUUCGUCAUCCUGGUCGUCAUCCGUUUGAGUGUUCGGAAUGCGGCAAAUCCUUCCAGUACAAGUCAUCGCUCUACAUGCACAAACAGGAUCACAUGCCCAACAAGCAGAACUACACGUGUAGCUACUGUGGCAAAGUGUUUGCGAAAAAGGACUCGUAUCGCGAGCACGUGCAGAUCCACGAGGGCCCGCGGCACGCGUGCUCGUACUGCCCCAUGCGCUUCGUGCAGCGCUCCAACAUGCUGCGCCACGAGCGGCGCCACACGGGCGAGCGCCCCUACCGCUGCGCGCACUGCCCGCGCGCCUUCGCCGACAAGGGCGCCUGCACGGCGCACACCAGAACACAUUCAAGAGACACAUCAUAUGCAUGUUUAUAUUGUGGGCAGACAUUCGUACAGAAGUCUAAACUCACAUACCAUAUUCGGAAACACACCGGAGAAAACCUGGAGUCGUGUACAGUCUGCUCAAAGCUGUUUACAAGUGCAUGUUCCUUAAGAGAACACAUGAAAACACACAUUGAGAAGAGGCAAAUUGUCAAAUGUCCGCUUUGUGAUAAAGGCUACCAGGACGAGCGCUACAUGCUACGUCACCUGCGCACGUCGCACACGCGUUCGCAGUUCUCGUGUCCGAUUUGCCACAAGCUACUGACCAGCGCCGCCGGCCUGAGGCAUCACGUCAUCACGCACAGCCCACUCAACACGUUCCGAUGCAAAUGUUGCCCUAAAUCCUAUGCGGUCAAGAGGACCAUCGUCAAGCACUUGCGAAAACGUCACGGAUUAAAAGGCACGGAAAUAAAUAUAAAAGAUUAUUUCACCCGAUUAGAACCUAGAGAGUGUAAAUUGAAUCUGGACGAAUCAACUAUGAACAGCAUAUUUGGCCCACCUAAGAAGAAAGUACCAGAUAUAUUGAUAGGAGAUUUUGUUACAUUCUCGAAGAAGUUGUCGUUUGCCCAAAAUGCAGCAAAUAAAGAGUCCGAUGAUGAUUCUGAGGAUGAGGAGGAAAACAAUGAUACCAAAGACAGUGCACAGACAGACAAGGAAAGCGAAAAUGAUGAAAAACCAGAGAUAACGGUAAUAAAGCAGGAAACACCAACUGUAGAAGAGGAAUUAGAACCUACUGACUUUGUCAGCGUUAAGAUAGAACCGCUAGAUGAUGAACACAUGGAGUAAUUUAUAAUAUACUAGUGCUUAAUAUUAAUAAUCAUUUGUAUUCAUUUAACAUUAGUUAGAAAAAUUCUAGCUCACUUUUAAAUUUCUUAGUUUGUAAGUUAUUCAAUAUUUGAUGUAUUGCAUAAUUAUAAGUCUUCGCACCAUUUCUGUAUUAUCUAAGCAAGCACAAAAACAUAUGAUAUUAGAGA